AUGACCGUGCUAUAUUUUUGGCUUGGUCUUCUCUCGAUUCUUCCCAGCAAAGCUGCUAUAUACAAAGAAGCUUUGAACGAAGCUUUAACAGAGGAAGAACUGGCCUUUUAUUUUCAAACGGCAGAUAGAAAAAAUAUUCCUGAAUAUGAUAUAGUCGAGUUACCAGUGUUUGCACCUCCUGAGGAAUUACCUACGUCAAAUAGUGAUUUGGAGAACGGGUUUCCUUACAGUUUCAUUGCAUUUCAAAGGCCGAUUGACUUAUACCUCAAAAGAAACGACGAUUUGCUUGCAAUUAACUUCAAAACUUACCUACACGACGAUAAUGGCGUUUCAAUCCUUAGGGAUUCCCCCACAAACCACCAUUAUUUACACGAAGACGGCAACGUUGUCGCUUCUAUCAGCAUAACUUCAUCAAACCGUAUUCACGGUUUAAUUUUCCUGGAAAACUCCACAUUGGAGGUCCAGCCUCUAACUCAAAGGCUCCACGAUGUUUUCAACGUUAGAGAACCUCUUUUGGAUACCCUGCUCAAUACACAAGAAUCAAAAAUUCCCCACCUAAUCAAACGUGCUACGUUUUCACCCCGUUAUCCACACCACGAAAUAUUUCCAGUAACUGGAAAAGUGCCUAGAAAGAAUCCAGAGUACCUACAGAACACUAUAUUCGGUAAUUUGGAGGCGAUUUCCUCCAAAGAAGUCAAACUAACCCUAGAAGUAGCCCUAUUCUUCGACGAAGCAGCUUACAAAAUAUUCGCCCCCUUCUACAAACACGACCCCAACAAACUACAAGACAUGCUACUAGCUUACAUGAACGCAGUUCAAGCCUUGUACCACCACCCCAGCCUAGGCAGGUCCCUCGAACUGGUCGUAGUGAGGCUCGAUCUGAUGAAGAAGCAGCCCGGGAAAUUGCCCCAUUACAACGGCGAACGCGGGAAACUACUGGACACUUUCUGCGACUACCAGGCUAGCAUUAACCCCAAAGACGAUGGCGAUCCGGACCAUUGGGACGUGGGAUUGUACGUUUCCGGGCUGGAUUUCUUCGCGUACGAGAAUGGGAAGAAGAGCGGGGUGACCAUGGGAUUGGCCACCGUAGGGGGCGUUUGCUUGGACAAAUACUCCUGCGUUAUAGCGGAAUUCGGUACCACUAACGCCUUCGGGAAGCCCUACCCCAGCGCGGGAUUCACCAGCGUUUACAUUCUAGCGCACGAAAUUGGCCACAGCCUCGGGAUGCACCACGACAACAACGGCAACAGCUGCCCCAAGGAAGGCUACAUCAUGUCCCCGUCCAGGGGUACCAACGGCGAGACCCAAUGGUCUACUUGUAGCGCUAACGUCAUGGCGGAUAUAGGGUGGGCCAAAUGUUUGCUAGACCGCGGUAAGAUCAAGCAAUCGACCGACCACAGGAAAUACCUGGAAACCCCCGGUCAAAAAUUCACCGCCAAAACCCAAUGCGAGAUCCUGCUGCGCGACAGAGACGCCGUCGUCCUGCCAUCGCAGGAUUUAACCACCGUUUGCUACAAUUUGCAGUGCAAAACGCCGCACAGGAGCGGCUACUACUUCGCAGGUCCGGCCCUGGAGGGCACCUCAUGCGGCAAAGGAAAGUAUUGCUACGGGGGUAGUUGCCUGGCGAGAGCUCUACCGCAGCCGGUUAAAAUGAGGCCGGGUGGCUGGGGCGCUUGGCAGCAAGAGGCUUGCAAUUCCGGUUGCAUCGAAAAAUCCUUGGGAUUCACCACUAAACGAAGGCGAUGCGAUAAUCCUCCGCCCUUGAAUUCGGAUCUGGGAUGCGAAGGAUCCAGCGUGAAAUUCGCCCUUUGCCUCGAUAAUAAGAUUUGCAAAACUAAGAAGGUAUCGGCGGUGGAUUAUGCUUCGAAUAAAUGCCUGGAGUUCUCCAAAGUACUGGCAGAAUUGGAUCCGAUGGGGUCCGGUCUUCAAGCGCCUCACGAGGAAGAUCGACUCUGGAUGGGUUGCUCGAUAUUCUGCAGAAGAGCAGAUUCCGGUACUUUCUACACUCCAAGAAUAGAGCUUAACGAUUUGGGAAUCUCCCCGUAUUUCCCCGAUGGUACUUGGUGUCACAGGUCCAAUAACAUCAACUAUUACUGCUUACAGCACCAUUGCCUUCCAGAAAAUUUCGAAAUUCCGAGAGAUUCGCAUCAAUUGGGCGAGGACUUGCAGUUUUUGCAAAACGCCGAUCCUUGGUAUUUCAUACCGCAGGACAUCAAGGAUUAUUUAUCGGUGGAUUCGAACGGGAAACCCAUAAAAACAACUUUCCCGGAAAACGGAGCGUCGCCUCGCGGAGAAAACUGGGACGAUAACGAUUACAUUGAAAUUCCAGAUCGAAGCUUUAAUCCCGAUGAGAAUUUAAUAAACAUGUAGAUUAUAAAAAGCGAAU